CGCCUCUUCUCCUCCUCCUGCUCUCCUCCUUGCUCUUUUCCCGACCUGCAUGGAGUGGCCAGGCUUGUUUUCCUCCUCCCAGGAACUGGGUUAAUCUGCCUUUCUUUCCUCCUUGGAUGUGGAUGGAGCCACUGGGGAAAGUCCUGCGCAGGAUGGGAGGCCCGCCUCUGCUCUUGGGCGCCUGGAGACCUUUCUCCUCCUCUACCACCACCUCCUCCUCCUUCCUGGAGAUGAAUACCUGGCUGCUCUUUUACGGAUUACUCUACCUGGUGCUCUAUGCCCAAGUCUCCCAGGCCAAGCCUUGCGAGAGGACCUCCUGCUUCGCCGGGCGAUGUGUCAACGCCACCUGCCUCUGCGACCAGGGCUGGGUGGGAGACCUCUGCCAGCAUUGCCAAGGCAGGUUCAAGUUAACUGAACCUUCUGGAUAUUUAACAGAUGGACCAAUAAAUUAUAAAUAUAAAACUAAAUGUACAUGGUUAAUUGAAGGAUAUCCUAAUUCAGUUUUAAGAUUAAGAUUCAAUCACUUUGCUACAGAAUGUAGCUGGGACCAUAUGUAUGUUUACGAUGGAGAUUCAAUAUAUGCACCUUUAAUAGCUGUAUUUAGUGGUCUUAUAGUUCCUGAAGUACGUGGAAAUGAAACUGUACCUGAAGUAGUUACUACAUCUGGCUAUGCAUUGCUACACUUUUUUAGUGAUGCUGCUUAUAAUUUAACAGGAUUUAAUAUUUUCUACUCAAUUAAUUCAUGUCCCAAUAACUGCUCAGGGCAUGGGAAGUGUACAACAAGUAGCUCAAUUCCAAGUCAAGUAUAUUGCGAGUGUGACAAAUACUGGAAAGGAGAAGCCUGUGAUAUUCCGUACUGUAAAGCUAACUGUGGAAGCCCUGACCAUGGCUACUGUGAUCUAACUGGAGAGAAGCUGUGUGUUUGUAAUGAUAGCUGGCAAGGUCCCGACUGUUCUUUGAAUGUUCCUUCUAUGGAAUCAUACUGGAUUCUGCCUAAUGUGAAGCCAUUUAGUCCAUCUGUAAGCCGUGCUUCUCAUAAAGCCGUUCUACAUGGCAAGUUUAUGUGGGUGAUUGGUGGAUAUGCAUUCAAUUACAGUACUUUCCAGAUGGUAUUAAACUAUAAUUUGGAAAGCAGCAUCUGGAAUGUGGUACCUGUGUCAAAAGGGCCCCUUCAAAGAUAUGGACACACCAUUGCUUUAUAUCAGGAUGACAUUUACAUGUAUGGAGGCAAGAUUGAAACAAAUACCGGGAAUGUCACUGAUGAAUUGUGGAUUUUCAACAUACCCAGUCAGAUCUGGAGUACCAGAAUCCCAGCAGUCCUUGUUCAUGGCCAGCAAUAUGCAGUUGAGGGUCACUCUGCACACAUAGUGGAGCUGGACAGCAGGGAUGUUGUCAUGGUCAUCAUUUUUGGUUACUCUGUAAUAUAUGGUUACACCAGCACCGUGCAAGAAUACUAUAUCAGGUCAAAUUCUUGGCUUGUACCAGAAACAAAAGGCGCAAUUGUGCAAGGUGGAUAUGGCCAUACCAGUGUCUAUGAUGGUACAACAAAGUCCAUUUAUGUCCAUGGAGGAUACAAAGCAUUGCCGGGUAAUAAAUAUGGAUUGGUUGAUGACCUUUACAGAUAUGAAGUUAAUACGAGGACAUGGACAAUUUUGAAAGAGAGUGGUUUUGCUAGAUAUCUCCAUUCAGCCGUCUUGAUCAGUGGAGCCAUGCUAAUUUUUGGUGGAAACACGCAUAAUGAUACUUCACUGAGUAAUGGGGCAAAGUGUUUUUCUGCUGAUUUCCUGGCCUAUGACAUUGCUUGUGAUGAAUGGAAAAUUCUACCUAAACCUAAUCUUCAUCGGGAUGUGAACAGAUUUGGUCACUCUGCAAUUGUCAGCAAUGGGUCUAUGUACAUAUUUGGAGGCUUUUCAAGUAUCUUGUUGAAUGAUAUUCUCGUGUACAAACCUCCCAACUGUGAGGCAUUCAGAGAUGAGGAGCUUUGUAAAACUGCUGGCCCAGGCUUAAGGUGCUUAUGGAACAAAAAUCACUGUGCGUCAUGGGAAUCUGGAUAUGCUAAUAAUAUUUUGAGAGCAAAAUGUCCCAAGAGAACAGCUGCAGCAGAUGACAGAUGUUACCGAUAUGCAGACUGUGCCAGCUGUACUGCCAAUACAAAUGGCUGCCAGUGGUGUGAUGACAAGAAGUGCAUUUCAGCAAAUAGCAACUGCAGUGUUUCAGUGAAAAAUUACACCAAAUGCCAUGUAAGAAAUGAACAGAUAUGCAAUAAACUGACCAGCUGUAAGAGUUGUUCACUAAAUCUCAACUGCCAGUGGGACCAGCGACAGCAAGAAUGUCAAGCUUUGCCAGCUCAUCUGUGUGGAGAAGGAUGGAAUCAUGUUGGAGAUGCAUGUCUCCGUAUAAACUCCAGUCGUGAGAAUUAUGACAAUGCCAGACUUUACUGCUAUGGUUUAAAUGGAAUCCUUGCUUCAUUGACAACUUCAAAAGAAGUGGAAUUUGUUUUGGAUGAAAUACAGAAGUAUACACUCCAGAAAAUAUCACCCUGGGUUGGUUUGCGUAAGAUCAAUAUCUCUUAUUGGGGAUGGGAUGAUAUGUCUCCUUUUACAAACACUACGUUGCAAUGGCUUCCCGGAGAACCAAAUGACUCUGGAUUCUGUGCCUAUCUUGAAAGGGCUGAAGUUGCAGGUCUGAAAGCAAAUCCAUGUACAGCUGUGGCUGAUGGUCUUGUGUGUGAGAAACCUGUUGUUAGUCCAAAUCAAAAUGCCAGACCAUGUAAGAAACCAUGUUCUUUAAGGACAACCUGUUCCAACUGCACAAGCAGUGGCAUGGAGUGCAUGUGGUGUAGUAGCACAAAACGAUGUGUUGACUCAAACGCCUACAUAAUCUCCUUUCCAUAUGGACAGUGUCUAGAGUGGCAGACAACCACCUGUUCUCCUCAAAACUGCUCUGGGUUAAGGACUUGUGCACAGUGUUUGGAACACCCUGGUUGUGGAUGGUGCAAUGAUCCCAGUAACACAGGCAAAGGCCAUUGUGUGGAAGGGUCUUCAAGAGGACCAGUGAAGCUGAGUGGAUUGCAUUCUACUGAAAUGGUUCUUGACAACAAUCUCUGUCCCAAAGAGAAAAAUUUUGAAUGGUCUUUCAUCCAGUGCCCAGCUUGCCAGUGCAAUGGUCAUAGUACCUGUGUUAAUGGCAAUGUUUGCGAUCAAUGCAAAAACCUAACCACAGGAAAACAGUGUGAAACAUGUAUGCCAGGAUAUUAUGGAGAUCCAACAAAUGGAGGGCAGUGCACUGCUUGCACGUGCAGUGGACAUGCAAAUAUAUGUCAUAUGCAAACAGGAAAAUGCUUCUGCACAACUAAAGGGAUCAAAGGAGACCAGUGUCAACUUUGUGACUCUGAAAACAGAUACCUUGGUAAUCCACUCAGGGGAACAUGUUACUAUAGCUUACUGAUUGAUUAUCAGUUUACCUUCAGUUUAUUACAAGAAGAUGAUCGCUAUCACACUGCCAUCAAUUUCAUUGCAAGUCCUGAACAGUCAAACAAGAAUUUGGACAUAUCAAUUAAUGCAUCAAAUAACUUUAACCUGAAUAUCACUUGGUCCAUUGGCUCUACAGCUGGAACAAUAUCUGGAGAAGAGGUCCCUGUGAUUUCAAGGGCUAAUAUCAAGGAAUACAGAGAUAGUUUUUCCUGUGAAAAGUUCAACUUCAGAAGCAACCCAAAUAUCACUUUCUAUGUAUAUGUCAGCAACUUUUCAUGGCCAAUCAAAAUACAGAUCGCGUUUUCACAACACAACACCAUCAUGGACCUGGUGCAGUUUUUUGUCACAUUUUUCAGUUGUUUCUUGUCAUUGCUGUUGGUGGCUGCUGUGGUCUGGAAAAUCAAACAAACCUGCUGGGCUUCUCGACGGAGAGAGCAACUUAUGCGGGAGCGACAGCAGAUGGCCAGCCGUCCCUUUGCUUCUGUGGACGUCGCACUUGAAGUCGGAGCUGAGCAAACAGACUUUCUACGAGGGCCAUUGGAGGGUUCUCCAAAACCCAUCGCCAUUGAGCCUUGCUCAGGAAACAAAGCAGCAGUACUUACUGUGUUUUUAUGCCUGCCAAGAGGAUCGUCUGGAGUCCCCCCACCAGGUCAAUCAGGACUGGCAAUUGCAAGUGCACUAAUAGACAUUUCACAACAGAAGCCCUCAGAGUGUAAAGAUAAGAGUCUGGGAGUAAGAAAUCGAAAACAUCACCUUUCAACACGCCAAGGGACUUGCGUCUGAGAUGAAGAGAAUGCAUUUGUAUAUUCUGUAAUGUUUUCUUUUUCUUUUUAAAAGAGCUUCCAUGGUAAGCUAAACUACAGCCUCAGUUUUUAUGGAGGCAACCUCUGAUGGUGGUAAGGAUGAUGGUAAGAAGUACCAGACUUGGAUGGAUUAAGAACUUCUUCCUGCUGCGCCCCCAAAGUAGGGCAUUCUGAAGGGCCAAUGUGAAUAUAAUGGAUGAACUUCGGGAAAAGAUUCUGAAAUCCAUUACGAUAUAAAAACAACUAUUUCUCCAUAUUUGUUGUUAUGCAUAUCAGGAGGAGGGGAAAAACAUUGGAAAAGAUUGUACAUUGUUUUAUAAUGUGGAAGGAAAUAUAUCACUGAAAAUUAAAGUACUUUCAAAGAACUCGUUAUAUUGUUAGAAGACUUGAGUUGUUCAGUUUCUCAGCUUGAUCAGCAUUAAGAUACAUACACUUAAAACAUGUGCUGGAAUUAUUAGGGAUAUAAAUAUUAUUAGUAUUGCCCAGAUAUGAUGUCAAAAUUUAAAUUAGAUGGUAGGUGGAUAUCAAAAGUGUAUUUUAAUGAGGGAAAUAUUAAAAACAAAACAUAUAUAUUUCAGUUAAUAACAUUCUGGAUUUAUGAAUAUCAAGAAUUUCCAGAUUCCAAAGCACCCGGCAGCAGUCCAAGUUGAAACAGGAUGAAGAGUGGACUUUAAUGCUCUACUUCAUAAGGAUUCAGUAUGGAGAAAACAGGAGAGAGUGCGUGGCUGUCUUCCAUGCCAAUGAACUAACUCAUUAUCGGAGCUGAUUGAGUGUAGAAAAGCCUGUCCAACAGCCAAGAUUCCCUUUUUCGUUUUGCAUCAACCAUUUCUAAAAUUGAAGAACUCUUUAUUGCAGUGCAGCAUCGCAUUUGAUUCUGUUACUCUUAAUAUAACAUUGAAGGCCGAAAUCACAUGUAGAUUUAAGCAUCCUGGAGGCCAUUGAUUUCAAUAGACUUAAAUGUCCCUGAGUUUGCAGCGAAGUGUAGUCCCGGUCUCUAGUGUUUAAAUCAUAGCAGCAGAAUGCCGCCCUGACCACCACUGACCCCUUUAUCACAGCUAUUAAAAAUCCUCCCUUCUCCAACCAACAGACUCCUGCACUCAUCGUUUUUUAUCCCUCCUCUUAAAAAAUUCACUGCACCCUAAAUCACAAAUCGGUCUACAACUCUCUGAUAGUCUGUAGACAGUUCUGUUGCUCAGGGCUUUUGGAAUGGCUUUUCUGUACUGGGGUCACCAAAUUGUUAUAUAGCAGCAAAAAGCUAAAUGGAAAUCAUUGUCUAAAUAUUUGAGAGGGUGGGGGGAAGCUACUAAGCAGCUUUGCUGCCUUAUAAUCAUGAGAUAGAAUUGUGUGCACAGCCUUUUUGUCUGUGGAAAGAGUUCUCCAACUUGCAGAAGGGCUACCUUUCAGAAAAUCAGUAUUCUUUUGCAGUUUCCCCAGCCCCUCCAAAACAGUCCAUUCUAUUUAGGGAGACCUUUUGCAGAUGAUGGUAGCAGCAGGUCAACCUCACUGAUAUUUUGGCCCCACUGGCCUUCAGUGAAGAGAAUGUUGGAUUCGCUGAUGUGAGAUCACAUCAAGUUAAACAUUCUAUGCUUCCUGACUGAAAUGUACAAUUUGAAGAGGAUGUAAAUUGAGAUCUGCUUAUGGGCAGAUUACAAAAUCCAAUAGUCUUACUAGAACUUCCCAAGAGCGGCAGAACCUAGUUUACAGGCUUGCCGGCAUGAGAGGUAUCCAGAGAGGUAUGAAUUCUUACCUGCAGUGGAGUUGCAGUAAGGAAGAUAGUUAUACAAAUAUGAUUGAUGUAAACUAUUAUAUCUGCAUUUUUUUAAUUUUCAUUUUUUUCUAAAAGGGGAAAACAUUUCACUGUUUACACUUUGAUUACAUAGUUACUCGCAUGCCAAGGUGGUGCAGUAGCAGUAAUAACGCCCUGUUUGUGAGUUGGGUAGUGUUUCUUUUGUAAUAUCAUUUUACUACUUCAUAUGGAUGAGGACUGAAUGUACAAAAAGAAAGACAUUAAAUGGAACUGCUGUACAGUAUCUAGUUCCCUCUCAUCCAAAACUAUGAGGUUCCGUUUGAUCAUGAUUGCUCUGCUCUUUUGAUUAGUUGCACAUUGAUAAAUUAUGCUGGCAUGAUUGUUGGGAUAUUUUCACAUCUCAAAAGGAGACUAAUUCUUAUGCUAAAGUUACGUUGUCACAGUGUGAUUAUUUUUGUUGAUUGUUCUUACCUCACUUUGUUACUAGUCUAAAAGAAAGAGCCCCAUUCUGCAAAGACUUCUGCCCCGGCAAGUCUAUUCAAGUUCUUCCAGAAUAAGGGCAACGACAAAAAAGGAUUCCUGUUGGAAAUUCUUAAUGAACUUUUGUAAGUCCAAAAAGGGUCUUUGAUUUUUUUUGAAAAAAGAAAACCCUUCUGUCAUUGUAAUGUUGAUUUGCUUAAAGAAAAAAGUCAUUAGGAUUGGCAUGUAUGAACAGUGAGAUGAUUAUUUGAAGAAAGACAAAAGAGAAAUAAAAGACUUGGCUGUAAACUUU